AAAAGUCAGUUUUAUUUUCUUUAUUAGUCAGUUGCAGAGAAUUUCUGGGGGGGGGGCUCAGCCCCUCCUGUUUCAAGACUGGGGGGGCUUUAGCCCCCUCUGCCCCCCCCCCUGUUCCGCCGCCUAUGAGUGAUGGAGACAGUGUCUUCCUGUUAAUGUACAAUCAACUGACUUUGCUUAAUGUGUUGUAUUUUGGUGGAUCUCUAUUGAUUAUUGGUGCUUACUCUCUCUUCAUGACUCUUGCUUUUGAAGGUUGUGAUAAAAGAGGCAUCAGUCUUAUAAUGAUUGCACAGACUGCUCUUUGGAGGAGUAGGGUUUACUUAUGGAACACGUCUUACCAGUUCUUAGGAGGAUUGAGUCUAUACAGUACAUUUUCAUCACCUUUUGCUGACUCUCCCAGUCGCCCACAGGACAUAGAUUAUCCUGUACCGCAAGAAUACCUAAUACACUCUUAUAUAAGGGACAAGUUGGCUCCAAUCCGUUUAUCAAAGUACAAUGAAGACCUGUUGUUUUAUCUUUACUAUACCAGUGGUGAGGACCUCCUUCAAUUACUAGCAGCUCAUGAACUGUACAUUAGGGACUGGCGCUAUCAUAAAGAAGAGAAGAUAUGGAUCACGAGAGCUCCUAACAUGAGACCUACUAAAGUUGAGACGACAUACGAGGAAGGGACCUAUUGUUACUUUGAUCUUGGUACCUGGAGGAAGGCUCAUAGAGAUAUGAAGGUGGAAUAUGACAGACUAGCUGAGAGGCCCUCCAUACCUCCAGCCAUAACUUCACAACAAAUUGUAUCUUUUGUGUCUAUGAAUGCAUGAUACAAUAUUAAUAAUGCCAUGUAUAAAAUGACCA